AGUGAAAGGAGGCGCCCCAGAGGGCAGGUCGAGGCCACGAGGCGAUGUGAAAGGACCCUUUGAUCGGGAGAACAGUCACACGCCAGCAGUCGCGGUGUAAGGACCUCCGCUCGUAGCUCCCUCACGCCACUGCUCGCGCAUUACCACUCACUCGCAGGAGACAAUGGGGCUGGCGACGCGGUACAUGGCGCCCUUCCUGGCUGCCAACUGGCUGGAGGUGACGGUGGCGUGUCUGGUGAUGGUCCUCAUACGUCUGGCCGUCCGCCGCUCCUCCCAGGCCUCCACCAACGGACACUUCAACGCCGACCACGACUCCUCCAGCGACCACACCAAGAAGGGCAAACGCAACGUUAUAGAGUCUGGCGGUGUCGGUGACGAAGACGAUGACCAAGUCACACCCAACCUGGUGGAGCCUCUGUGGCCCGAACACCUCAAACACCUCCCCUACAAUUUCACCCGCGUGUCGGCGGAGGAGAGCAUGAGGAAGUCGAAGGAUUUCUACGAGGUGAUGAACCAGCGACGCACCGUCCGCAACUUCAGCUCUGACCCCGUGCCCCGCGAGGUCAUCCAGAAUGUGAUCAGGGCGGCAGGUACUGCACCCUCCGGGGCGCACACGGAACCCUGGACGUUCGUGGCGGUGUGUGACCCUGAUGUGAAGGAACAGUUGAGGACCAUCGUCGAGGCUGAGGAGGAGAUCAACUACACCAAGAGAAUGGGUAAUCAGUGGCUGAAGGACCUGAAGGGCUUACGGACGGGCUGGGUGAAGGAAUACCUCACUACUGCUCCCUGGCUCAUCCUGGUGUUCAAGCAGGCGUACGGUAUCCUGCCAGACGGACGCAAGAGGAAUCACUACUACCACGAGAUCUCCACAGCCAUUGCCGGUGGCAUCCUUCUCUCUGCUAUCCACACGGCGGGGCUGGCGACCCUGACCUCGACACCCCUCAACUGUGGGCCGGCCCUGAGGGCCCUCCUGCAGCGGCCGCCCAACGAGAAGCUGCUGCUGCUCCUGCCUGUCGGCUACCCGGCCUCAGACGCCACCAUCCCCAACCUCACCCGCAAGCCCCUCGAGCAGAUCAUGGCUGUGGUGUAGACGACUACCUGGAACAGCUGGGUGGCUGUGGCAAAUUAGUGUGUCUGUUAGACAAUUUGUUGUGUGGCUGUGGAACAGAAGUGUCUGUGAUUCCUGUCUGGCUGUUGAACAAUAGUGUCUCUUUGUGGUUCCUUUUUGGUGGUUGUGAUGCCUUUAUGUGUCUGUGGAACACAAUUGUGAGUGUACAGACUUUGUGUGGCUUUCAACAGGUACUACGCAGGGGUAUCCGGGCCCCUGGCUGCUGCUUUAUGGUAUGUUGACCAAUAAACACUGGAAAGUGAAGGGACGACGACGUUUCGGUCCGUCCUGGACCAUUCUCAAGUCAAUUCACAAUCGACUUGAGAAUGGUCCUGGACGGAGCGAAACGUCGUCGUCCCUUCACCUUCUAGUGUAUGGUCUGGUCAACAGUGUUUGGUUAGGUUUUUUGACUGCUGUCCCUACCUGCUGUCCAACUUUCAUGGAGUGGUGGAUUGUGACUCCACGGACAUUUUCUUCCACACUGCUGUUACAGCAUUUAGACAGUGCUUUAGCUAUUGAUAUGUUAUAUAUAAUGAGAGAUCUCCCCCAUAUUAAGCAUGCUAAUCACUUGUGAAAUUAAUUCCGGCACUGACGGAGGUAAUGUUCAAUUGUCUCUGGAAUAAGGGCGUACCUUGAGGUGUUUCCGGGGCUUAGUGUCCCCGCGGCCCGGUCGUCGACCAGGCCUCCUGCGUGGAUACAAAGUUAAUUUAUGUUUGUCCAAUAUGUAUAUCCGUGAGGGUUGAGUGAUGCAGUUCCGUUAUGUGUCUACAUAUGAAAGUUUGGGGAAAUGGGAUUACGUUUGAGAGUUAAGUCAUAGUUUGAUUAUGAAAACAAGGUCUGGAUUUGAUGAGUAGAUGAAUUGUUUAAAUCCUGUGCGUGAUAUUGGAGUGUUUGGGCGCUGGCUUCGGCAUGAGUAUGACAGCAGCAGUAUAACUAAUGUUAUACAAAUUAUACUAAUGGUAAUAAGGUGCAGAAUCCAGGAGCAAUUUUUAUAUUGUGAAAGUCCUAUUUAUAGUUUAAACUUUAACUAAAUAUUGUUAAAUUAAUAUUAAUAUAAUUUAAUAUAUAGGUUUUAAGUUGUUGCGACGUAUGUCAAUAACGGAUAUAUUUAAUAAAUUUAAAAAUAU